CCGAUGCUGAAUGCCUGAAUUUUGAUCAUGGAGAUACUGCAACGGUGUGUGAAAAACCCUCCUCGGUCGCUUUCUUCAGUCCUGUCGUAACAGUGAACCGUCCCUAAACAAACGGUAGUGAGGAAAGGACCAACCGUCAAAGGAGAUUAAAGAGUUGUUAGGCAUCAAAUUCUCCAACUGGGAACGCCCCUCAUGAGCAUCUCUUGCAGGUGGAUGGAUGGAUUGAUUGAUAGGGUCUCCUUGAACAGGGGGUUGGACUAGACCACCUCCAAGGUCCCUUCCAACUCUGCAUUCCGGGCCUCCCAAGAUGGGCUUUGUAGUUCUGAGCUCCAGGUUGUUUUGAGCAGAGGGAUGUAGGUGUGUGUGCCUUCCCCCCCCCCCCCAGCAGGUGACGCUUGAGCUGGUCAUCGUCAUCGUCCUUCCUCCCCAAGGAGCUCAGAAAACUUCCAUCAUCUCUGGAUGUUGUGAUGGAGAACUACGAGCUGGUGACCUCCCUUGGCUAUCCUGUUCUCAAACCAGAUCUUCUGUCUCGGAUUGAGCGGGUUGGAGAGCCGUGCGUGGGCGACCAGCUGGAUUCCACUCGCGGGAUUCCCACCAAUCCAUGUCCAGGUUACCGUUUCUUCAAACCCGAGAGCCUGUCUUGGAUUGAACGGUGGGAGGAACUCGGGGUCACUGACAGUCAGAAGUUGGAGGAAGGCAAACUCUGCACUGGUGCCUGCCAAGCUGCCGGACGGAGCAAAGCCAUCAAGGAAGAAGAGGGCGGCCAGAAGAGGGCCAGUUUCGUGGCCAGCUUGGAACGCUACCAGCUCUUCCCCGAAAGUUCCCGGGCGGGUCUCUUCCUGGCCCCCAACCCUGGGCAGCUGAGACCCCAGCCCCGGGUCAAGAAGGAGGAAGCGGCCUCCUGCAAGCCCAGCCUGAGUGGCCCUGGACGCCCCUCCCAAGGCCUGGGCUCGGGCCCCUUCACAUGCGUGGUGUGCGGCAAGUGCUUCCGGCAGAAGCAAGGGCUGAUCACGCAUGGGCGCAUCCACACCGGCGAGAAGCCCUACCCAUGCCUGGAGUGCGGCAAGCGCUUCCGCCAACGCCCCAACCUGCUGACCCACCAGCGGGUCCACACCGGCGAGCGGCCCUUUCCCUGCCUGCGCUGCGGCAAGCGCUUCAGCCAGAAGGCCAACCUGGCAGCCCACCAGCGCACCCACGCCGUGCAGGAGGGGCUAGUUGCCCCUGAGCCCAAGGUGCUGUUGCCACGGGGCAGCCGCUCGACGGAGAAGCCCUUUCCCUGCAGUGUCUGCGGGAAGAGCUUCAGCCAGCGGCCCAACCUCAUCACUCACCAGCGCAUCCACACCGGUGAGAAGCCCUUCUCCUGCACCGAGUGUGGGAAGCGCUUCAACCAGCGGGCCAACCUCAUCACCCACCGGCGCAUCCACUCGGGGGAGCGGCCCUUCCCCUGUGCUACCUGUGGGCGGCGCUUCAGCCAGAAGGGCAACCUGGCGGCCCACCAGCGCACGCACUCGCAGCAGCGGCCCCAUGCCUGCUCCUCCUGCCCCAAGCGCUUCAAGGGGGAGUCAGCGCUGCGGGCGCACCAGCGUACCCAUCGGCAGGUGCUGGGGGCUGAUCCACUGACUAGCACCCUCCUGGCUGCGCCGACGCUACAGCAAGCCCUCCCGGGGGACCCCGCUUUGGUGGCGCAGCGAGCCACGCCAGCCCUUCGUCCGGAUCUUCCCGGAGAUCCUUCCCCCAGCAUCCACCGCCCGGCCCCGUCCGCCCAACAUGGGGCCCCUCAUGGGCAGAAUCUUCCUGUGGACCCGCCUCCCCCCAGCCAACAUGCGGCCGGCCCCUCAGGGCACCUCCAAGGGGUGGCCCCUGGCCUGGAGCAAGGCCCAAAACUGAGCACCCCUCCCGCCCUCCUGGAUCCCCAUGUGGAGAUGCUCCAUUGCCAACACCGGCUGGGCCUGCCGCAGCUGCCCAGCUCCAGCACCCACUCAGUCGUGCCCCUGGGGCAACCCCCGCUUGUCACCGCCAAGCCCAAGGGUUUGUCAGCUGCCCCUCGGCCCACCGCCCCCAUGGAAGCCCCAAGUGAGAUGCUUCACUGCCUCUGCCAUGCUGGUCGGGCCUCCUUGGUCAUUCCGCACCCGCCUCAUCUGAGGCAGCUUCAGCCCGGUGCCCGUGACGCCCCCGGCCGUGCCUGGCUGGGCCUCCCCUGCCCAACACGCACCCUUCAACUCCAGCAGGGUGGGCAGGCGCACCCAACUGCCCCUAAUCCCAGACUAUGUUCGAUUCCCGAUUCUUUGCGGUAACUUCCCCUGCAUGGGGCAAGCACUGAUGGGCCAGGACUGGACUCCCCAUGGAUCUCCUUCCCCACCCUCCUGGCAGUGCCCCCUGGUGCCGACCUGUGGGGUAUAUGCAUGUAUCCUGGACUUGGAAGCCCCCAUCUGCCACCCCUCCUGCUCUACGGAAGCAUGCAGACUCUCUUUCGAUCUAACCCACCUGUCUCAAGAAGCAAUCCAUCCUUCCAACAAGGGCACUCUUUCUCCCCCACCCUUCAAAAAAAGUGUCAACAUGGCAGGAGGACCAAAGACGUGCCCACCCCUUGUCUUACCACCAAGCCCCCCCUUCCCCCAAAUCUCCCUGGACGCCCCUCAUCUACUCCCAAACGACGGAAGGAAAGACUCAGAACUUGGCAGCAGUCCAAACGUUGAAGAUGGAAGAGCACCCCCCCCUUUUUUUUGGAAACUUGACUGAGGGCGGCACCCUUCAAUAAACCCCGGUUGGGUGGGGGGGGGGCAGUGCCUCAUACAUGGCUCUCACCACAUCCCCGCACAGUGCGCUGGCCCUCAGGGCUUUGCAUUCCCCACCUCGUGUUUUCCUAUGAAAGGAAAAAAAAUUGAAAGAACUCAUUCCAGAAAUGUACUGUUGGCAUCGCACCACCAUGGCAAUGCGAACCAGGUGGCUGAACUCUUUGCCGGCCAGGGGAGGUCCGGCUUCGUGCCAAUCUGAGCAGGUUGGUCGGCUCCUCGUACAGGUCCAUUGCAGUGAUGCAGAACUUUUAGGGGAGCGGGGAGGGAUUUGUAUUGGAAGACAUUGGGGAGGGGACCCUGCCUGGCAUUCAGCUCUGAGAAGUAUAAUCAGCCCCCAGGUCAGAAAAGCCACAUUUAUUCCUCUCCCACUCCCCACAAAGCCCGCCUCUUUUCCCAACAGCUGUGACUACAAUGGUCUGAUGCUUUCAGGGGACUGACACCAAAGAAGUUGGAUUGCGGUGGGGCUGGGAGAUGGGUGGGGUGGGGUCCUUGCAGAAGGAGAGAGGAGGCCCCAGAAUGAACAAGAAGCACUUUAGAACGACCCGAUGGCCUGUCAGCCCCUGGAUUUGGCUCCCCUCCCCUCCUGCAUGGGACCAAGCCCUGACAGAGCUGCUGGAAGGGAGAAAACUGAAUUUGGGGGUGGUGGGGGUGGGUGGGUGGGUCUGUGCCUUAAGCUGAAAAGCCUUCCCGGAGCAAAGACGGUCAAACGUUCCAAGGCAAGCACGUUGAGGGUCCAGGCUUAGGACAGGGUGGAAGGAGGAAUGGUUGAUGGCCUCCUCUCCUGCUGAAGUCUGCAAAGGAUGAAAAGCAGGGGUGGUAGGAUGACUCAGCUCCCCCUCCCCUAUCGCAGCUCCUCUGGGCAUCUGACACCCAUUGAGCUAGGCUGAUUUCGGGGGCCCAGAGGUGGCACGAAUUGUAUCUGGGCAACGGGGCAGAGGUCUCAACACCGAUGGGUGUGUUGAGCGCACAAACGGUGUGCAAGAACCUGUCGCUGGGGUGCGGAUCCAUGAAGAGGCACACAAACCGUGCAUGGGUCGGAUGCGGGGUGGUGGGUUGUCGGGAAAUUUGAUUGGCACAAGCAGGUUGCCCGUAGUCUGCAGCCCGGUCAAUGGAGGGUGCCUCCCACCAGCAGCUGUUGAAGAAUCCAGCCCUCCAACUAUUAGUCUCCUUCCUUGGCUGUUUCCCAGCGUGCUUUGAGGGGUACAUUCUAACUAAGUCCUAACCCCGAGAUAAAACCACCUGGGUGUUGGGUGGAAACCAUCCCCCCCUUUUUUUAAGCUGGUGAAAUUCAGCCAUGCCACUUUGGAGGCAUGUUGAGAGCUUGGCCCAUCACAGAGGAACAGAUGAGCUCACCCCACCCCUCCAAAAAAGAAAACAGGAGUGAAAGAAUUGUGGUCUAACUUUUGUUUAAAGUCAAGUCGGCCAGAGCUGGGGGCAAUUUGCUCCUCAUUUCCCCAGUUUAAGGCAGUACUGUCUGCUCUUGUAUGGAUAGUUUGGCCAGU